GCAAGCUGUCAGUCUUUCUUACUGCAUGACAUUAGGUGAACCGAAUUCUGGUCUUCUGUACGCCGCCAUGGACGAUUCCACUAAUGACAACCAAAAUAUGGGCGAGGACAUGGAGAUCACGCCACCCAAACCAUGGCGGAACCUAGGCUAUUUUGCGUUCCCGCCGAACGUCAACGCAGAUGGACGCGUCACAUUCACGCUUCCUGUGAGUCAGCGCGUCCAACAGAGUGCACAAGCCUUCAAAGAACGCGAGGCCGAGGCGUUACGCGACGUCCAGAUACGUCUCAAGGAAGCAGCAUGGCAAGAACGCUGCCGGCGCGAGGCAAAGGAGAACGAAGAACGACGCGCUUUUGAGCGAGCUGAAGCGCUCAGAGGCGAAAUGGAGUGGGUACGCAUGGGCGGCUCUCUGCUCGACGCGCACGGUCGACGGGACACGGUGCGCACUGAACGGCUGCGUGCGAAGGUGCGCCUCCUGGAUGAGGAGGCACGGCUCAUCAAACUGUGGGAGACAUAUGAGAUGCGAUGGCGCACACUUCUUGCGGGUAGUGGGCCGGUGACGUUCCAGGACAUCCCAUGGCCUAUGCCUCCGGCAUCCAAGGUCAGAUUCAUGGGCAGCGUCAAGCCGACUCCGAUAUCGCUGGAAGACUUGACGCAGAAAGCGAUGGAGGAGGUUCUUUUUGGCCCACUUAAAAUCAGAGGCAACACUGUAACUCGACGCGAUAGAAUUCGUACGUCGUUGUUGCGGUGGCACCCGGACAAAUUUUCGCCGGUGCUGCAAAGAGUGGUGGAGGAGGACACGGAAGCGGUGCGGGAAGGCAUCUAUACCGUAUUCCGGCAUCUCAAAGUGUUGCAGGAAACUGAAAGGCAAGGAUGAGGUUAGUGGGGCGAUUUGGAGUGGGUGCCGUUCUUCCUUUCACAUUGAGUAUGCACCGCACCCAUCGGAUACAUGAAACGAGCGCGAAUAUACGAUACCUUUCGUGUGGGACUUCUCACUAUACAUCAUCAGCUAUUCUUUGUCGCAUUGUAGAAUUUUUUGUUCUUUGUCGCUGUACUACCUCGCCAUGCUUGACAGGUUGGCACACGGCAUAAGUUCGAUGCCAGGCCUUAGCGAUGUUCGGAUGCGCAACGAAUCGUGUUCUUG